GGAGAAUUAAAUGUGACAGACACAGUCAUGAAUACAUUGAUAUGUACUGUCAGAAUCAUGAUAUUAUUGACUGCUCUACAUGUAUGGCAAUUGAUCACAGAACAUGUAAAGAUGUAUUCUACAUACCAGAAUUCAUUCAAAACAAAUCUUAUCAAGUGGCUUCAAAAGAAAUUCAAACAAAGCUGAAGGCAUUAGCUAAGGCCCUUGCUGCGCAAGCUGACAAAUUUCAACAUGAUAAACAGAACCUUCUGAAAAGAAAAGCUGAGAUACUGGACGAUAUAAGUAAAUUCCGACAAGACAUUAAUGACCAACUUGACAGGCUGGAGAAAGAUCUAUAGAUGAGAUAGAAAAUAAAUUUAAACUUCAUGAAGGCAGGAUUGAAGAAGGUUUAAAACAGCUACAAGAGCAUGUAAGAAAUGUUACUUCAUUUAUUGAUAAAUUAGCCUCUCCAAACCCAAAUGAAGCUGAAUUGUUUGUUCAUGUGAAGAUGGGGGAAGAUGCUGAAAAUGUUGCCAACAAAUUUAUAGAAGAUUCCAGAAUGAAGAUAACAGUUAGUGACAUAAAGUUUAAACCUGACAGGAAAGUUCUUCAAAUCCUGAAACAAAACCAGACAAUUGGCAUGUUGACAGACAAAACUACAAAAAAUGUAGACGAAUUACUCAAAAUUACAGGAGGACAAUCAUACGCUGUCAAAGUUAGGUCUGACGAAAAUGAAUGUGAUAUUUCAAGCGCAUGCUAUAUUGAAAGUUGUGAAAUUAUUCUAGCUGAUUACAACAAUAACAAGCUGAAACGGUUAGAUAGUCACAAUUAUACCAUCACAGACUGCUAUAAUCUACCUGGAGAGCCAUACCAAAUAUGUAAAAUCAAUGAAACUCAAAUAGCAGUUGCAUUACCAUCCCAUCAAGAAAUUCAUUUUAUUUCUGUAGACAGACAAAUGAAAACACCAAACAAGAUUAUAACUGAUUUUAACUGUUUUGGUCUUGCAUAUGCAAAUGAUUGUUUAUAUAUUUCAGAUGAAGGUACAUCAUUAUAUAUCUACACAGUGACUGGCAGGAAACUUAAACAGUUUAGUACUGACCAGUCAGGACAGAAACUUUUCUUUAACAUAUUAAGUCUAGCUGUCAGUGAGGAUGCUACAAGGAUUUAUGUUUCUGCUGUUGAUAAAGGACUGAUAGUACUAGACAACAAUGGUGAGAUUGUGACAACAUUUAAUGAUGAACAAGUACAAUGGGCUAUUUAUUGUCAUCUUACUGAAGCAGGCGGUGUGUUGGUAUCUGGAUAUGAAUCAAUAAUGUUUUACAGUUUACAUCUAAUGGUGAGGUGAUAGGAGAGGUCAUACUAGCUGACACUGAAAAACCCAAAAUUCGGUCAGUUUGUUGUAAUCAACAAAUGUCUAAGAUGUGUAUAAGCAGAGAUGGUGAAGACAGUAUUGAAAUAUACGAUAUCUGAUCACUUAUGUUAUUGAAUACAAACAAGUAUAUGAACAUGGCUAUAGUUAACCAAAUGAUUUUAAAACAUGAAAAAGAAACAACAACAAAAAAACAACAACAAAGGAACAUAAUGGCUCUGAAAUCGCUCACCUGAAUAUAGAAUCUAAAUCUAAAACUGAUAUCACCAAAUCAUAUUUGGUUCUGAAAAAGUACGUGUGUAAAAACAUUACUGGUUGCUAUUCCUAAUGGAAAAACAGUUUUAAAAGAUGUGUACAUAUGAGAAAAAUCAACGACCCCAAAGGGCUUUUAUUUGAACAAAUUUGGUAGACACAUAUAAGAAGAUUCCCCAUGCCUUAUAUCUAACCUCCCGCUCUUUGAGUUUUUUUAAUAGAAGAUUUUUAAGUUUUUCUUUAUACAUAUAAGGAAAACAAAUUACCCUCUUCAGCAUAGUCAAUUUUGACCCCAGGGCUUUUAUUUUAUUAACUUUGUAGACACACAUAAGAACAUUUCUCAUGCUUGAUAUCUAAGCUCUAGCUCUUUGGGUUUUUAAAAGAAGAUUUUUAAAGUUUUUACUUUGUACGUAUAAGAAAAAUCAGUGGCCGUCCUAGGUGUGUCCAAUUAUGAUGUCAGGGCUUUUAUUUGAACAAAAAUGGUAGAUACCUACUAUGUUAAAUAUCUAGACUCUAGCGUUGUGGGUUUUUAAAAGAAAAUUUAUUUUUUGUUCGAAUAUAUACCAAUAAGAAAAUCAGUGACCCCCUGUGGCGGAGCCAAUUUUGACCCCAAGUCUUUAAUUUGAACAAACUUGGUAAACACUAACUCAAAGAUGCUUCGUGCGAAACAUCUAAGCUCUAGGUCUUUGUUUUUGUUGAAAGAAGAUAUCGAAAGAUUUUUCUUUUGGUUGCCAUAGCAAACAGAGUUCUGCAUGGAAGUAAAUUAUUUGAACAAUUUUUAAAGGUGGCCCAAAAUGAACAUUUCUGUGUAGUUUGAGGGGAUGCCGUUUUAAGUAGUUUACGGAAGGACGCCGGACGGACACUGGACAAAAAUUGAUCACAAAAGCUCACAAUUUCAUUUUGUGACAGGUGAGCUAAAAACAGAAAAUCAUACUAAUGUGCUGUGCGAUUUUACAUGUACUUGUUUAUAAUAAAUGGUUACACAAUAAUUCUUUAUCUUAAAAAAAGUUACUAUAUAGAAAUUUGAAAUGUUCUAAUUUGUUGCAAUGAAGCAAAUUUAAGUUUGAUAAAAAAGUUUUACAAAAAGAAUUUUUAUACAGACUAAAGUCGCUGAAACACUUUUAACUUAUUUUUUUCAUUGUAAUUGUUGGGUUUAAAAGGCACAUUAUUUGGCUGUAUCAAAAUAUAUUUUCCUUCUCAUGGCAGAGUUUAUAAUGAUUUAAGAGCAUGUAAGAUUUUUAUCACUUGAAGAAAAUUGCGCUGAAUAUGAAAUUAUUUGUCAUAAAAGUAGACAAAUGAUAACUAAGUGGUAUUUUGACUUCCAAAAAUCACUGUGAUAACUGCCAAAUUUAAGGAAACAGUAGCAAAGGAUAGUUAAAGUAAUAAGUCAGUGUGUAUGUUUUUGGAAACUAAAUAAGAUCACCAAAACAGUUUUUGAGAAAUAAAAGCAUUUAUCGGGCAUUAUGGGCCUUUAAUUUCACGAUCGCAAAGGCAAAUUUAAGCCAAAUCAAAUACAUGUGUUAUCAUU